AAAUAUAACACAGCCUAAUGGGGCUUUUCUCCGCCUCUACCCGAGGUGUCGUGCGCAUGCGCAAACGCCGCAUGGCCGGCCUGGCACAGCUGAGGUGCUGACCCGUCGGAAGCGCAUUGCUGCAUCCUCAAAGGAGUGACCGCAAUGGUAGAGGGCUGUUCGAGUGCUAGAACCUGCACCUCUCUCGGCUGCUGAUUGGUCAAGGCUUUCUGUUUUCCUGACUCUUCCACUUUCCUCACCUCUCUGAAGCCUGAAGUUUUAUGAAUCAGUCUUCAGUUUACUACAGACUCCAUAAACAGCAAGUGACAAAACACGAAGAUGGAAAGUUCAGCAGCAGAAUCCAGAGCCGAGAGGAUCGCUCGCUACAAAGCCGAAAGGAGACGCGAGCUUGCGGAGCGCUAUGAAAACAUGGAGGAGGAGUUGCCGUCUAAUCGGUCGAAGAGGUCGAGGGAAGGGCGUGACUCACACCAUGACUCCACCUGCUCUGACAGGAGCCAAUCAAGUGGAAUUAACCGUGACAUGAAGGCUCCUGGCAAAGCUCCAGCUGAGGAAGAGCUUAACAUCUCCAACGGCUACAACGGCGACGCUAAACUCGAGAAGACCAACCCGAACAGUUCUGAAGGUGGAGGCUCCAACACGGUCCGAGACCCAUCAGUCAAAGCAGGAUCUGAUGGCAGUCGCCGGCGUACUCGACGCUACAUGCCAGCAGGGGCUGCCGGGAGCCGGAAAACCAACGAUCGUUUCCGAACACAGCCAAUCACCGCCUCCGAAAUGCAGGAGAGCUGUGGAGGUAUUGACAACAUGGAUCAAGAAAACUCAGUGGAUGUAAAGACUGACGAGAGAGCCAUGAUGAGUGUCGCUGCCAAGAUGUCUCUUUUUAAAGAGCUGGAGAAAACUGCAGCCCCUGAGGCUUCGUCUUUCCUGAGGCCUCGGUCCAUCAGCAGCAGCUUUAAGGACUCUCGGGGACGGCGAGCCCUCACUCAGCCUGUCAGUUCUAAACAAAUAGAGGUGACAGACAGGUCUCAUGUUGCUGUGCCAGGUGAUGCCCAGAUGGAACAGACAGAGGCGGAGCUCGAGCAGGACGACGCCAGCUCCAAGCUCUCGCUGAGUGAGAAACUGGCACUUUUUAAUAAACUCUCUCAGCCACUCAUGCCAAAACCUCCAGGGGGUCUUAGAGGGCCAGGAGUGAACAGCGGUUCUGUGGAAGUCGCAGAGAGACGCAGGGAGAGGGGAGCACGUUACCGCACCCAGCCAAUCACUGCAGAAGAAGUCAACCUGAUCAGUAAAGAACCUGUCUUGCUUCCUUCUCUGCAUCUACCAUCUGAGAUCUCUGAACGCCAACAAGCUCUCUCGGUAAACCUCAAACCCAGCGAAAUGCGUCUCUCCGGUUCGCAGCCCACACCAACUGAAGAUGCUGAACCCAAACCUGUUGUACAGGUCAAAGGCAUCCUAAAGAAGACCAGCCCUAACAACAGCACCCCAACUGGACAAACGGCGGUACUGAACGGCAAGCGGCACGACAAGUUUACGCUCGUUACAGCAGGAGAAUAUUCUCCAGCGCCACGUGCUACUGCCCCCUGGAGGCAAAGAGCCAGGAAGGAUGUUAACGCUUCCUCUCAGACAUCUCGCAGGCCCGUCUCCAUGACCGAGGACUGCCUGCAAACACCACUGAGCACAAGAGACGGGUUGUCUGAUGGUCAGAAAGGUGCAGAACAUGAGCAGAGGAAUGGGAUGAAGCUCAGCAUGCCACCCCUCCAGGACACGAGCAACAUUGCACACGAGCCUACAGCUCAGUGUUGGGAGCCUGUGUAUUCCUCUGUUUACUCUCUUUCCAGCACUCCCUCUCAAUACAAGAUGUUUUUUAAUGAGAGAAGUCUGUCAUAUGAAGCUCAGGAGGUUUCUACACCCACUGAAGCACAACCACAGGCACUCUGUAGAAACGAGGAGAUCUCUGUGGAAUCUGAGGCUCCUGUGCCGACAGAGCCUGAGACACAAUCAAAGAGUUUUGAUGAACCACAGGAACCCCAGCAGCCUGUUGCCAUGGAGAGAGCCAAAGAGGUCGCAACCUCCGACACACCCUCAUUCCCUGAGUGUCAGAGUGGCCCAGGAGAUGCAGAGCAGGACCUGAGCACUGUCUGCCAGUCCAACACUUCCAUAUUGAGCUCUGCAGUAACGGAGCAUCGGCGCUCGGUCCGGCCAUCCCGUCGUACUCAGGGGUCGAGGAAUCCUUUACGUGCUCUUGCAGCGAGGAACGACGUCAUGCAGGACUUCAUGCAGGCCCAAGACGACCCCACAGCCAUGGAAACCAAUAGGGGUGAGACAUCUGAAAAGAACCACAACUCCACUAGCACAUCAUCUGCCAAGAAUGUCCCAAACACUGUACCCUACACCAACCUGAUGCUGAUCCUUGUAAAAGGAUGCAGACGAGUGCAGGUACGCUUGGUGGAGCCAGUAGCUCGCUCACUGAACAGUGGAGACUGCUUCCUGCUGGUCACACCAUCACUGUGCUUCCUCUGGACAGGGCAGCUGUCUAACACCUGCGAGAGAGAGAAGGCUUCCACCAUGGCCUCACUGGUCGUGUCCCAGCGGGAUCUGGGCUGCCAAGCGACGGAGUUCAUUCACCUGGAUGAGGGAAUAAACACGGAUGAAGCACAGGCAGCAGAGUUUUGGAAACUUUUGGGAGGAAAAACCUCAUACAGUGGCUGUUCAGACGAUGAUCAGCAGUAUGAGACGGCGAUCACUGAAUCAAACUGUGUGUACAGGCUACAGGGAGACAGACUCUGCCCCCAUGAGCAGGGCUGGGCCUCAGUGCCAUGCCUGUCACUGCUGGACUCUUCCCAGAGCCUGCUGUUCGACUUUGGCAGUGAGCUCUACUUGUGGCAUGGAAAAGAUGUUUCCCCCAGUGACAGGAAGCUGGCAUUGCAUUUGGCUCAGCAGGUAUGGAGCGGUGAUUAUGACUACACCAACUGCAGGAUGAACCCCCUAGACCCCUUUGGGAGAAAUAACCAGAUUGAGAGGAAGGGUGUGGGUCGGCCAGGUUGGGCUCUGUUUGGCCGUAUCUUCGAACAGAACGAGACGGUUCUCUUCAGGAGAAAGUUUGCUGAUUGGUGUGAAAAGGGACAAGGCGUGACUCCCAAUGGACAGGAGGUCAAACAGACUUCUCUUGUAGAUUCUCAGGCUGAGACGUGGUCAUGUGAUGCGAAAGCCCUGUUUGCUGGAAAGUGCGUGUCUGAGGUGAAGCCUAUAAUUCUGCAUGGUGUAGACAUACAGAGAGGCCGGGACUUGGUCACCCUUGCUGAUGGCCAGUCGGCAAAGCUCAGUACUGUUUCUGUAGAAUGUUGGCAUACUGGAAUAGGAGAAGAUUGCCGGGUGGCUUUAGAGAGCUUGGGGCAGUUACAUGAGGACAACACGUAUGCUAUUUGCUGGACGUACCGUCUCAGUGCUACUGGUAUCCCUGAGGAUCAAAGUUUAGACCAGGAAAGCGCCGCCUUUUUUAUCUGGCAAGGACGGCACUCUCAGAUCAACGCACUUGACCUGUCUCUGCCAUUACCCUUUGGGAAUGAGCCACAGGUGAACGUAAAGGAAGGUGAGGAGCCGCCAUGUUUUCUGCAGCUUUUCCAAGGAGGCCUGAUCAUUCACAAAGGACACAGUAAACACACAGGUGACUGGCGCCUCUUUUGUGUGAGGGGUGCUGUGCCUGUCGAGGCAAGUCUGUUAGAGGUGGAAUGCUCUACCUCAAAUCUGCGUUCUCGUGGCUCUGUGCUUCUAAUAAACAGCCAGCAGGGGGCACUUUACCUGUGGCAUGGCUGCAAGGCCCACGCUAGUGCACGUCAAGUUGCCAAACACACCGUCCAGCAGCUCACACACAUGCGUCCCCCUGAGAUGGGAUUAAGCAACAGCAAUCUGAACAUUCAGGAAGUAGAAGAAGGGGCAGAGCCUGCAGCAUUCUGGAAUGCUAUUGGACCACAGGAUAGGAAGGCGUAUGACUGCAUGCUGCAAGAUCCUGGCAAGUACAACUUUACUCCCCGCCUCUUUUACCUGAGUGCCCAAUCAGAAAUGUUUAAAGGGGUGGAGCUGUUAUGCGCAUCCGGAGCAACUGGGGUCGUUACGGCGAUGCCUUUUUUCCAGGACUGCUUAUACUCUGUGCCACAGCCAGCUUUGUUCCUGCUCGAUAACUCGUUGGAAGUUUAUCUAUGGCAGAGCAGCUCGAUUCAGAACUCACAGCGCCCCCACUGGGACACGGAGAGAAAAUGUGCAAUGGAGACACUUCAGUACUGCAGAGAGAGGAACCCCAGACGGCCUCCUCUGGCAUAUUUUAUCGAGGAAGGAGCUGAGCCUCUUACCUUCACUAACAUUUUCCCGUCCUGGGAGAGAAGAGUAACACAGGCCCCCUCCGUGCAGAAGAAGUUAACAUUAGUGCAGGAUGUAUUGGCGCUCCUGAGCGGGACUCAGUUCUCUGUGCAGGAUCUGUUAAAAAGACCUUUACCAGAUGGGGUGAACCCUCUGCACCUGGAGACCUAUCUGUCUGACCAUGACUUCCAGGUGGUGUUAGGAAUGAAGAGGAAAGACUACAACUCCUUGCCAGAGCUGCAGCAGUUGAACCUGAAAAAGAGCAAAGGCCUGUAUUGAAGCUGCGUGUAAAAAAAAAAAAAACUACUGAACCAGAACUACUGAAGACCUUUUUUUUUUUUUUUUUGGUAAUCCCUGUUUUUGAAAGAAUCCUAUUUUCUUGUAAUGUCACCCCCUUUUCCAUGUACAGUUCGAACCUAAUAAGUAGGUAGUAUAAAUGUGUGUGUGCGUGUCUUUUGAGUGUGGUCACUUUAGUGCCUUGCAGAAAUGUAUCCACUAAUUUUAGCCAAAAUUCCAGGGGUCUUUAGAGGACUGCCCUCCCACAUUUACUCUGUCCCUCAAUCCCUAUCCCUUUAUUCCUGUCCUGGAGGAGGCGGGGUAUAAAGAAGCACUAGUUGUUUUAUUGACCUGAAAUUAAAUCUGGUUUCUUUAAUCAGCUGUAAGAACACAAAUAAACUGGAAUGAAAUGUC